UCACAGGAGGAAGCAAGGCCUCGCCUGGUGUUCAAGCGUUAUAUAUUCCUAUGCUAUAAACGGCUGUCAUUGAUUGUAGCAUGCCGUAAUGGUUGAAUAAGGAUAUCAGGCGGUCAUUGGAAAUGAUUUUGCCUAGUGUAAAAAGUUAUUCAAUCUUAUGAAGCAUAAAACCAUUUUUGUGAACAUCAGGGGGUGAAUUUUAUCAGUGUUUAUCUAAAUGACUGUGGCCACUGUUGUAAUUUUCUAUACACUACACCCAGAUGUCUGGAUUCCCAAAGCUCUUAAUGGUUUUAAAUUUCACUGAAAUUCUGAAUUUUGCAUAGGAUCGAUGGGAAAAGUGACUUCUACUGUGUUCUCAUUACAUUUUGUCCAGAAACUCCAUGUUUUCUCAGUGAUAGUAGUUUAAUUUUUUGCUGGAACCUAUAAGAUGGUCUUUCAAAGAUCCAAGGGAGAUCUUGGAAUUGUAGAAGCACACAGCUACCUACCUAAACUAACCAUUCCAAGUGCAGAAAUGUUGUAGAACUGGUUAUCUAAUAUGGGUGAACAUCAUCCUGCAUUUUGCUGUUGCUGAGCUAACUCUGAAUUACCUAACUGUUGUGUCUGUGUAGCCUGUCUGAAAAUGAAUGCAGUAUUGUAAUAUAUCCAGUAUUUCCCUACUGUAUGUGCUAUUUGAACAGCUGCACCAUCUGGCUGUUAGCCAAGUACCUUUUAUGGAUGGAAUGUUAGAGUGGCCACAUUCUUGAGAGUACAUCAAGGCCAAUGAUGUAGCAUGUUUGUGUGUUGUUUCUGUGGUUUCGUUCAUAUUUGGCUGAUGUACUCAUAGAUGGUGUAUAACAGACUGCAAAAGCUGGCAUGCAUAAAGCUUAGAAUGAAAAGGAUUUGAAGCCUUGAAAAUGGUAUGGUUUUGAACUGCAGGGAAUGAUGAUGGAAAUAGCUGGCUGAGUUCAAACCCCUAUUCAGAUGCGGAAUGGUUAUUUUAAUGCUAUAUUACUAGGACAUUGACAUCUCCAUUGACAUUUAUGGCACUUACAUGGUCAUUUACCUGUGUAUCUGCAGCAAACAGGCUCCCUCCCACCCCAUCCUGCCCUGCUCUGCUCCAACUGGCCAAGUGUACAGGCCCAGUCAAGGACGCAGCGACCGACUUACAGUUUACUCUGUAAGAAUACUGAGGAAGGCUCCUCUAUGCCUCUGUUCCUCCUUGAGGUAGUGUGGCUCUUGCCCAUACCUCCUAUCCUUCCUGCCUAGAUGGGCUUAUGUCAUGUACUAGGCAGAGAAGACCGCGGAUCACGUGUGUGUCGGACCACCGGUGUUUAAACAGUCGCAGAAGAGCGUUUCCAAGGGCGUUUAGGCCGGCUCCACUUAAGCUUGUUGCCCACCCCAGCCUUUAUAGUGUGUGCAGCUUCUGCCACGCAGCCACUUGGUUUGCGUAGAGCAGUUGCAUAGUCACACUGCUGAGAUUUCGGGAGGAUUCAUGAAGCUGUGGCAUAGUCACCCUACGUUUAGGAGGGUGUAUGCUUGCAACGUCUCUAUUGUUAUGCAUUGCUGUAGCUUAUGCUUCUUGUUGUUCAUUGGAGUUUUCGGGCGCGUCGACUGCAGUGGUCGUUUUGCGCCCACUGUAGCUUGUGCUUCAGUCGCUGUCUGAUUCGUGAAUGCAUACUCUGUGCCAUUGUCAAGUGUAUGGGAUUGGUCCCCACAUGGAAAAUCUUAAGGUCGGUAUCACUGAGGUCGAUGAACUAUCAUUGUGAGCUGGAGCUUUCAGAUUUGUUAUCGGGUCUUGCUUGCAAAAAGGCCAUCGCAGGCGAGCUGUGGCACAGAAUCACCGAUCACCCUGAGACCAGCACCAUACCCUGAAGUUUUCAGCGUUCUUUUGCAACUGCCAUUUCUCCUGUUUUGUCAACAUCGUCGGCACCUGAACAUUAUAGCCGGUAUCCUUGAAAGCAAAUAAUUUAGAUCUCUUCAAGAAUAUGAGCUUAUAUGGCUCGUGCCUGAAAGCAGACCGAGUUAGUAAGUUCCUUAUUUUGUCAGGAAUGGAGGCCAAGCUUGAGGCUUACCGGGCUGAAAAGAGGAGGCAGAGAGAGGCGGAGAAGCGUAAAGAGUGGCUCUCGGAGGUAUAUCGUGCCACGACCGGCCUGAUCCGCCGCAAUAGACCAGCCCAGUAUGAACCCUCCGUCAUGCCAGGACCGCUAGAAGACCAGGCGAGGGCGCCGGCGACUGAUCAGACGCCGCCGAGCGCCAGCUCUUGGCUGGACCGAGCGAUACUGGUCUGCAAGGUCGGCCUCUACCUGACGCUGUUCGCCAUCAGCUGCCACUUCCAGUUCGGAGCGGCGUUCGUCGUUGUCACGGCCAUACCCAUCAUCUACUUCAGCACGGGCACGCGCGGCCGCCGGCCCGAUGAGGCCAGCGCCUACUCGGUGUUCAACCCGGACUGUGAGGCGAUCGACGGCACGCUGACCGGCGAGCAGUUCCAGCGCGAGAUCAUGUACGGACCGGGCGCCACGUGACCACAGCCGCCCGGCUCGUGCGCCCGCCGGCCGCCGGCAGGUGGCGCGCGCUCUGCGGUGAAGGCGGCACUGCUCGCUGCGCGGGCUGCAGAGGCGGCGGGCAUGUGGACGUGGCAGUGUCCAGUAGGGGACGUGCCGUGCAAUGUUGUGAAACGCUGUGAUGCGCACUGCGAUUGUGAUGUUGAGCAGUGGCGAUUUUUCCAGUGGUGGGUUGUGGUAGACCAGUUCGUGACACUUAAGCUGGUUGGCUGAAAUUGUGGAUAUUUCGGUACAGAAGCCGCCGGGGCUCGCUCCUUUAAAGCAAAAGGCGUGAAAGAUUGAACGUCAGCCGGCAGCUAUAACUGCCUGCGUCUGUGCACCAGAAGACCUGCUUCGACGAAGGGUCGUGGUAGCAAUGUGUCGCGCGGAAGGUUCGUCACGUGUUUCCACGGCCUUUGAGGCCAACUUUUGAGUCGCCGGCUGUUGGAUGGGUUGAAAGACGUUUCGUAGGCGUGUACCUUCAAAGGUGGACUCGCCAUGUUAAGUGUGGACGGGACGCGGCACCAAAAUGGAGCGGCACGCUUGCCAUAUGGUCUCGUGCAUCUCCGUUUGCAGACGCUGUGGAAACAAGAAACCGCGUCCUCAAGCGUAAUUUUCUUGGUGCUUUCUGGGGUCUGAAACUUGACUCCUGCAUGGAGGGAGGGGCACGGUUCGUUCUGGCAAUGUUCAUCGCUGAUCCACAUAUACUGGUUUAAUUUUUCCCCAAAUCGCCCCAAGCUAGGGGCGCCAUCGUGAUUUUCUGUACGUCCUUGACCUGGGACAAGCCUCCGUAAGAGGGCGCCGCCAAAGCCGAUGCCGAUUUUCGUGGUACUGCUGUAUAUGAAGAUUGUAUAUGAAUCGUCCGAUUUGGGGGCCUUUUGUACCCGUUGUUGUCUUGUCGUCUGACGGAAAUAUUUUCCCCUUGACGUGUUAUGUGUGUUAGGCCGUUAGUGUUAAUACGAAUUAUAUUAUAUUAUAUAUAUAUUAUUGUAACCGUUAUUUUUAGUACAUGGUUUAAAGCCACAUAAACUUU